GAGAGACCCCUAGUGUCGCUUCUCCGACACAACGUGGAGAGAGCGACAGAAGGGGAACAAAAUAUUAUGAUAGUGAAAAUUUACUUUUGACUCCAAAUCUUAUCGUUACUGAAAUACAGCUCUUGUGAAAACUUCCCAAUGUGACAACAAGCCAGGUCUCCCCUACACAUAAAAACAUACUCAAGUAAAUGUAAAGCACAGCCAACAGCACAUAGUCCAUGAUUGUAUUUGAAAGAUUGAGUAGAAUUUUUAUUGGUGUGUCUUUAAUUUGCAGUGUCUAAUAUGUGGAAAAGUCUUCAGGAAGCUCUGGUCCCUACAUGAGCACAAUAAGAUUGUUCAUGGCUAUGCUGAGAAGAAAUACACUUGUGAGAUUUGUGAGAAGAAAUUCUACACAAUGGCUCAUGUACGCAAACACAUGGUCGCCCACAACAAGGAGAUGCCAUUUACAUGUGAGACAUGUGGCAAGUCCUUUAAAAGGAGCAUGUCACUGAAAGUCCACUCUCUUCAACACUCAGGAGAGAAGCCAUUCCAGUGUGAGGUCUGCAGUGAGCGUUUUCAGUACAAGUACCAGCUGCGUUCUCACAUGAGUAUCCACAUAGGACAUAAGCAGUUUAUGUGUCAGUGGUGUGGGAAGGACUUCAAUAUGAAACAGUAUUUUGAUGAACACAUGAAGACACACACAGGAGAGAAACCAUAUAUAUGUGAGAUAUGUGGGAAGAGCUUCACAAGCCGACCCAAUAUGAAGCGGCACCGCCGUACACACACCGGAGAGAAGCCUUACCCCUGUGAAGUGUGCGGCCAGCGAUUUCGCUUCUCCAACAUGUUGAAAGCUCACAGAGAGAAGUGUUCCCAGGUAAGGAACCCUUCCACCUCUGAGGCCAUUCAUCCAGAAUUUGACUCUUCCACUCUAACUAUUCAAAUGGAAGCUGCUGCAAACCACUGAGAGAUAUUGGCCCACAUCUGCAUGGUAUAGUCUCUUUUCCAUCAGCUGUGCUGCGCUCAGUUGAUGUGGCUCCAUCACAUUCUCACCUGCGUUCCCUUACACCACUCUUCACUUCUGGAAGGACAGACUCUAGAAACCUGUAACUACUGCACUGUAUCAUAAUACUGUAUUAUAAUAUUUCUGAUACAGAGGCACUUUUUAUGUAGCAAAUGUAACCCAGUGUUCUUUGUCUUAUCAUCUGUCAAAAUGUUCUCAGUCAGCUGUGCUUUGAUAAUCCUUAGUUAGGUAAACAAUAUUGUAACUAAAAUACUGAAACUAUUACUUAGAUACAAUAUAUCCUUAUUGCAAUACAUAUACAUGUUUAUGUACAGUAUAUUUACAGAAUAAUAAACAUACAGAAGCAUAAAGAGCUGUAAUAAUAAGUGUUUGGAGUAAUGACCUGUUAAUAGUUGAAAUUUGUUGUCAGUAGUUUGUAUUUCUGGCACUUGUUAGUUUGAGUGAAGGGUUUCUUACUGUUUUGUGUGUUUAUUACACACUGGGUUUUAUACUAUCCUGAUUUCUGUUUUGAUUUUUUGAUUUUAUUUUUACUUUUAUUUUAUUUAUUUAUUUUAUUAUUUUCAUAUACAUGUUUAUUUUGAAGCACCUUAAAGGCAUAAUUCACCCAAAAAGGAAAAAUCUUUCAUCAUUUACUCACAUUCAUGCCAUCCCAGAUGUGUAUGACUUUCCUUCUUCUGCUGAACACAAAGAUUUUUAGAAGAAUAUCUCAGCUCUGUAGGUCCUCAUAAUGCAAGUGAAUGGGUACCAAAAUUGUAAAGCUCCAAAAGCACAUAAGGGCACCAUAAAAAUAAUCUAUAUGACUCCAGUGGUUAAAUUCUUAACUUCAGAAGCGACAUGAUCUUGUCGAUUCUCUUGUAUUGUAUGGACCUAAAGAGCUGAGAUAUUCUUCUAAAAGUCUUCGUUUGUGUUCAGCAGAAGAAAGAAAGUCAUACACAUCUGGAAUGGAUUUUUCCUUUUUGGGUGAACUGUCCCUCUAAUAAUAGAAUUAAAUUAACUCUUAAUUUUUAAUUGUCCAAAAUUGUGAAUGACUAAACAUUGUUCAUUGUCAACAGUUGAUAAAGCUGGUAAAUUUACGAGUCAAUAAAUGUAUGACUCAAUUGUUUUGUUGCUUUAAAAAAAUUGAGGAUUUGUGUUGUUGAUGUUGCCCAGAUCAUGAAUGUGUUUAGGCUUAAAUUGCUUAUAUUUUAGGGCACCAAAACUUCUAUAUGUGGACCCAUUUAACAGAUAAAUCAUAAGAGAUAUAUUGUGUAAUUUUAUUUUUAAAAGCAUUUAUGUUUUACUAGUAAAUAUACAUCCCUGUCGUACAGUCUCUAAUGCAGACUCUAAUAUUUAUCUUCUUAAUUAAAAGUCUAUUUUUAUUGUCA